UCGAUUUUUUGCCCUGGGUAGAAAAAUACCGACCGUCGACACUAGAGGAAAUUAUUUCGCAACGAGACAUAACAAAGACGCGUGCGUGUCGGUAAAAGGGAGUGCGGUAGUGACGGUGUCGGAGUGAAUGAGAAAAAUCGAACACGUCAUUACCUUGCCGCCAAUACAAUGGGUAACAGGGCGUUGUGUACAUGACAAAUUGUUCACAGUGUAGAUGCUGUUUUAUGAAGUUUCAAAGCUUCUUGGAUCAGAAUGCAUUGCCACACUUGCUUUUGUAUGGGCCCCCUGGAACAGGAAAGACCACAUGUAUAUUAGCUGUUUCACGGGCAUUGAGCACGCGAUACCCGUCUGCAUCUUCCUCAAGUAUGACCCUAGAGCUGAACGCAAGUGAUGAUCGAACAAUUUCGACAGUGCGCGAUCGUAUUAAAGAUUUUGUAUCGACAAAAACUUUUUUUUCUAUUCCUUUUAAGCUGGUGAUUCUUGAUGAGGCGGACGCAAUGACUGCAGAUGCGCAGGCGGCCCUGAGGCGAAUCAUAGAACAAUACUCAAAAAACACACGCUUUUGCCUGAUUUGUAACCAUUUGAACAAAAUUUCACUUGCCAUUCAGUCUCGCUGUACGAGAUUCCGGUUUGGACCUCCGGAUGAGGAUCAGAUGCUAGGCCGUUUGCAGAGUAUAGUGCAGCUUGAAAAAGUGCAGGCAGAUACGGAUGCCCUCAAAGAAAUAAUCAAGAUAAGCGAGGGGGACAUGCGGACGUCUCUGAACAUCUUACAGGCAACAGCAAUGGCCUUUCCAAAUCAGUGCAUACAACUGGAACAUGUAUAUGCAAGCACAGGAAACCCUUCUCCCAAAGACGUGAGAAGUAUAUUAGAAACUUUGCUAAAUGCAAAGAUAUCGACGAGCUAUGAACGAAUCCUCCAGAUCAAGCAGGAAAAGGGCUACGCACUGCGCGACUUGAUAACUCAUUUACAUAAAGCAAUGACAACUAUCAAGUUGGACUCCAACACAAGAAGAGUGUUGUUAAAAUGUAUGGCCGACAUUGAAUACAGAUUGGCCGCUGGUGCCAGCGAAAACGUACAACUGGCCGCCCUAAUUGGCGGAUUUGCCCUGGCAAGGGAGCAAAUGGACAAAGCGAGAGACUGAAACAAUUUUUAAAAAUGUUUGUAAAUAAAACGUA